AUGUUUGCUCGGUUGCUGCGACGCAAGCAGCGCUCGACCGAGGAGUCUGAUGACGCCGCAUCCAAUAGCGACAGGGGUGGGCGGACGACGCGGCGCAGCCUCGCAACACGGAGGCAGGACCAAGAUGCCGGAUUGAGCUCCGAACGGGAGCAGCAAGAAGCUCAACAGCAACGCCAGCAGCAGGGGCACCCCGACCACACACAGCAAAUCACGACAACUACACCACGGAAGCAGUCUGCGAGGAAGAAGAGGAAAAACAGGCGGCGGUCUUCAGCUCGCGGCCCGCGCAGUCGUCGCAGUACGGCAACGCUCUCGCCCGACACGCGGAGCAGCAACGGCAGCAACAGCCGACCUGGCAGCCGACCCUCCUCCCGUCAGACGGGGCGCAGGCAGAGUCGUCGAAGGCGCAGCACCCGAGGCAGCACACGCAACUCCCUUGAUGAGAACUGUUUGUAUCUCGGCGAAGAGUUCAACCUGCCGGAUGCCAUUCCCGAGGGACAGCAGGCCAUGGAUGCAGAGGAUCUCCUGGCGUUGUUGUUUGCACAGAACAAGGAGGACAUUGCACCUCCUCGCGCCAGCACGUCGAUGGUGCCUGUGUAUGAGCGCAAGCACUCGACAGAUGCAGUCAUCCCCUACUUGCGGAAGAAGAAAAUGGAGCUGCCACCUCGCCCAGCAAAGUGGCGGGAAACCGUCUGGGACCGACCAAGCUACGCUCAGCCACGCCGUCGCGCAUCCUCGAUGGACAACUUUGGACUCGGCUAUUAUGGGUCGGGCGAUGGCGACGAGACGGACGAUGAGUACGAUGAGGAAGAUGACGAGUACGGGUACGACGACGACGACGGUGAUGACGACGGUGAUGACGAGAGUGAUGGUGCUGACGCUGAUGAUGAUACAAGGGCUGCGGGCGGGGACGACAGCGCCAAUGAUGGCGAGUACCUGGAUAUACCAAGUGGUUCGCCCAAAUAUCACAACCCCUUUGGACACGCAUUGAAGCCAACCACCCUUUACCAACCCAACAGCAAGUCUUCCACCCUGCCAGCGCAGACCCACGGUGUCCACAGGGAAACGCCACUGGGCCGCGAAACGGCGAUGAUGAUGGAGAACAGAUGGCUGGCCAUGACAAUCAAGAAAACAAAGGAAGACUUCACAAGGGUCCCAGAGCCACCCAACAUGUCCAAACUCGACCUAAACUGCUGA